UGGAGAAUCCCAGUAGUUUUGGAAGGUCGUUGAUAUCCAACGUGCUGAAGGUUUAUUCUUUGGGGUUACAGAAGCAGGACGCAUGACAGAGAAUUCCCGGAUGGCCGCCCCUCUGAAUGUCACAGCGAUGGCGACGCGACCUGACCAUAAGGUAACGACUACGGUUGACGUUCCUGAACCAAAGAAAGCCAACGAUGGAGAAGCCCCACUACAAACAAAGCCCGUGCGCAAAGGCGCAGUCUUCUUCAACGUUCCGUGUCUCACCGGCCUUCGAGGCGUCGCUGCUCUUGGAGUCGUAGCAGGACACUUGACGGGAGGCACGGGUGCGAUGAUGUACCUAAACGGCUGGGAAGCGUUGCAGGAGAUGGGCAACGUAGCCGUGCUCUUCUUCUUUGUCCUCUCCGCGUUCCUGCUCACUGUCAGAUCCCUCACGGAACCGCAACGGCCCCCUGAUGCCAAAUACGUCAAAUGGUCCGAGAAUGGCAUCCUUGUGCCCUGGCUCAGCGUACGGUGGAUCAAGUACUUUAUUCGUCGAGCUUUCCGAAUCUUGCCCCUGUACUGGAUCGUUCUGGUCAUCAUUGCGGCUGUGAGCGAGCUGCACCAACCGUACGGCGAUCUGCGGAAUUACGUCGCGUUUGGAUGGAACAAGGUUCUUCCGUAUGCGUUCUUCUACGAUGUGAACUCCAUUUUCUGGACCAUUCCUCCAGAGUUCGAAUACUACCUUAUUAUGCCAUUCUACAUCGUUCUCUACGAGAUGGCUGAGAGGAAGGACAAGCUGGGGGAAUGGAUCAUGGGUACUAAAACCAAUCCGCCAAACUAUCCGUACGGUUUGGGAGAGGCCGAAAAGAUGAUGCAAGAACACUAUCGCAAGGGUCUUCACAACCGAGUCAUCCAUGUUUAUUACCGAUUCGGGCGCCGCAUCAUGCUGCUCAUAGCACUGACUCUGAUCAACAUCUGGAUCGUGCCAAUGUUCUGGUCGUCGCACGGGACGAUCAACUACUACCACAUCUUCCCGUUCAUGCCUCGGUUCUGGCUGGGAAGUCUGGCUGCCUUCAUCUACCACCUAUUUGCGCAAUACGGCUUCGUGAUCUACGAGUCGCGGCCCAAGGCACUCAACGUCAACCAGAAGUUCAGCAAACUUGCUUCCAAGUGGAUCUCUAUCGCCGCGGACCUGGUGCUCUGGGUGAUUGUGUUGGUACUGUUCCUCACCUUCCCGUACUAUGCGCGCAUUCUCCUGCAUAGGCGAAUCCCGCGAGAACCGCUGUCGUGGUAUGCCGAUCACAUGGGCGAAUGGCCCGUCAUUGGCUCUGCGGUCAUCAUCCUCGUCGUCAGUCUAUACUGCAGGGAUCGAUCCUUCGGCCGUUUUUUCACAUGGAACUUUUUCACCUUCGCCGGAGAGAUCUCUUUCCCGCUUUACAUGAUCCACCCGGUCGGCAUCCACCUGGUCCACAACUACGGCAUCGAAGGCAUCGAUGGUGUGCUAUUCACAUUCGGCAGCUCGAUGAUCAUGGCCACGCUCCUGCACUACCUGUUCGAAAAACCCUUGGGCAAGAUCGCGGCGCGUCUCGCCAAGUACGUGCAAACCACCUACUUCACCAAACUGCCCAAAGACGCCGUCGAUGCCGACAAGCACGAGGAGUUGGCCGUCAAGAAGUACAACGAGAUGGGUCUCACCGCCAUCAAGAACCCCCAGGACAUGAAGAACGACCUGCCCCCUGAACGCGCCGAGACGCCGAAAUUCCUUGGUAUCGACACCCGCGCGCAUUCUCGCAACGGACCCCUUUUCCAAAUCGUGCCGGUAGCCGCCGAGGAACUCCAACCCCGCGUCGACACCCCUGACGCCCCACCCUCCUCAGCAAGCGGCUCCACCAUCGUGCUCAUGCCCACGGACCACCAUCAAACCCCCUCCAUCACCCUCCUCCCCAACGGCGUCCCCGAAGAAGACGCUCCAUUAGCCGCCCUCGCAGCCCAUCGCAGCUUCUCCCGCGGCCCCGUUGAAAGCAACUCGCUCCCGCGUGGGAGUUAUCCGCCCCCGAUGUCGGCGCAGGGUUUCCGCACUUCCACUUCGCCGCCGCUGCCGUUCGGGCACCCGCAUCACCAUCAUAACCCGGAGAAUGGACGGUACAGUAUGCCGGUUAUGUAUACCUCCGCGCGAUCGCCGGGUCCGAUGGAGAAACGACUGCAAGGGGGGAGGGAGCAGUUCAGGUACUGAUUUGAGUUGGAGGACUGUGAAUGGACAGUCGUAUACUCGUUGGACUUUGGCGUACUCCUUUUUCUUUGAUUUACUUUGUUUUGAUGUGUCUUUGAUACCCGUACGGCGUGUAAGGCGCCAUGAACUCCGGAUUCGUAAGCUUCAGUAUAUCUAUUUACACGACUUGUAUAUCUUCCCCCUUUCCUGUAUGUAGGUUUCAAUUCAAUUGAAUGAAUUUUCUCCGAAAAGACUGUUUUUGG